AUGAGCUCGGUGACUGUCGAUGCGGGCAACUCUGCCACCAAACGUUCGACGACUGCGACGUUGACCAACGACGCAGCUCGAGGCGACGGAGAUGCUGCAGCCUGGGCAGGACUGGCGCCAACUGAGCGGCACACUCACCUCUUGUAUCAAGAGAUGAACAUCGGACGGACGCGAUGGGUCCGCGCAAAGGUGGGGCCACAGCGCAUCCCGCGGAAGAACAAGGCCCAGACGUCUGAGUGGCUCGAGGGCUCCGAGUACUUGGACAUGAUUCAAUGCUUGGAGAAGCGCAAACAAGGUGCCGCUGUCAUGGAUGUAGCGCGCGAUGCAAUGCACAACGUCGGGUGGUACAUGCGACCGCAUCAGUGUGGGGCGGUUCUACCGUGA